AUGGGAAGAGUCCUGACUGUUGUGGUUGAAACAGAGAAGCGCAGCGAGGGGACGCUGCUGAGUCUGCGAUGCCCGCUGUGUCACCUGGAGCUCACCAGAGCAGACCUGCAGGAUCAUCUGCGCGGCGAGAUCGAGAGACUGAUUCAGCUCAGCCCCAGAAGCCAGUUUCACGGUGAAGCAGUUCUGCAGAGCCUCACACAGCCCCCAGCACAGUCUCCAUCCCCAGUGUGCACAGUGAGACCGGGGGACUGUGACUCACCCCUGGGGUCCCCUCUGUCGGGGGACGAGCCACACAAACUGGACAGACAGCAGAUAUUCCAGCAGGUGAAGACUAACAGGGAGGGCAGACUAGGAGCCAGAGCUGGCCGGUGUAAAAGGAUGAAGAUUGCCGAUGAUGAGCAGCUGGAGAGUCUCUCUCUGAAGGGGAUGAGGCUGCCACAGUCUGAGGGGGACAGUCUGGAGGAUUUCGAGGUCCGCAGCCCAGCUCAGAGCAGCUCACACACACUGCUGGACAUCAAAGGCUGCAGACUGGGGACCCCGCACAGUCCUGACAGUGAGCUGGAGAUUGACUCGGACCCUGACGACUCCUCACACCUCACUCACACACAAAGCCCAAUCAAAAACAGGGUCCAGUCCCGGGAGGCGGAGCCCAGCACACUACAGGAGGAAGGCUUAGCGAAUCAGGGGACAGGCAGUGCCAGGGACAGUGCCGAGACCCUCAGGGCUCAGAUCAGCGCCCUCACCCGAAGAUUGCAGCAGAGGGAGUUGUACCGCUGCCACGUCUGUCUGGGCUCUUAUUCUGUCCCUGUGGCUUCUAUACAGUGCUGGCACAUCCACUGUGAAGACUGCUGGCUCAGAUCACUCGGUUUGAAGAAGUUAUGCCCACAGUGCAGCACCAUCACCUCCCCAGCUGACCUGCGCAGGGUCUACCUGUGACCUGUCCUGAUCGUCCCUGACUGGGGAUCCCGUGGUUUCAAUGGAGCAGCGCUGCGAGGCGUCGGCGUGAAGGUGCAGCAGAGUGCUGAAUCGGAACAGCACGGAGCAAAUGAAACAAAACUUUAAACACCUGAUAUAUGCAUUACAAUAAAAACAAUAGAACAUGUGUUUUUAUUGUAAUAAACAUGUUCUGCACAGCAUGUUACCUCUUCUUUAAGUGCUUAAUACAGACUAAGAUGAAUGUAUCCGAGGCUCAGCGGCUUCCAGUAAGAGGUAAGAACGUGGAUUGCGUUGGUUAGCAUUUCACUGUAAUCGUUCUGCCCGGUCUUUGCAAGCUUUCCUGGGCAUGCUUUAUUACUUUACUGUGCUUAUAUCGUAUCACCCCUACACUGUACCACUCACUGCAUACUGCUGGACAAACAUAUUCGGAACCAAUGAUGCUAAUUGCUUCUGGACACUCAGAACUGUUAUAACUAGAGCUUUUCAGGGGGGAAUUACAGUCUAGAAUAUUUGUAAUUGUUUGUGAAAUAAAUUUUAAAAAUAGCAGCAGGGAAUUGUACCUCUCUAAAGUAAAAACACAUCAGAAUUACAGACUUGGUGCUGGAAAAGACAAAAAGCUUCUUUCAGUGUUAUUAACUAGUUCUUGAUUUUACGUUUUUAUUGUUCUGAUUUUUAUAAUUCAUUUUGUGCUUGUUUGUUUUGUUUUUUUAAUAAAAUAAAAUGUAAAAUACUGCUUCAGGUUUUCAUUACAUUUCCACUUUUAAACGUACACACCUGAAGAGGCUUCAGAGGUCCUGAAAGCUGCUGCUUACAUAUCAUAAUGAACGUGAUAAACAGCAUCACAUCUGCUUCACUUAGCUGCAACUAACAAAGUGGCUGAUUCAGUAGCAUGCUAUACCUUUACCUGAGGGAGGUGGUCUUUGCUGUUGGAGGGAUGGAGGGAGGGAGUCUGCUGUUGGAGAGAUGGAGGAAGGUGGUCUUUGCAGAUGGAGGGAUGGAGGGAGGGAGUCUUUGCUGUUGGAGGGAUGGAGGGAGGGAGUC